AUGUCGGCCUCGUUAUACACGGAAGAGAUCAAUAAACUAAUCUCGGAGGGAUCCAAGGCGUAUUCAGCGAAAAUAUACGAUGAAGCUUCAGGGAAAUACGGGAAAGCAUGCGAAGCCUUUUCGAAGCACCAUGAAGGCAGGGAAGAUGGCGACUUGUUACUAUUGUACGGCAAGGCGUUGUUUCAGAGUGGAGUGAGCAAAUCCAGUGUCUUGGGGGGAGUUGAAGCCAAUACGGGUCAAGUUCCGGAUGCAACAACAGUGGAAAAAAAACAAGAUGAGCAAGACGAGGAAGUGGAAGGUGAACAAGAACAAGAACAAGAACAAGACAAUUUCCAAUUCUACGAUGCUGAACCAAUUGAAGGUGAAACGGCAGAGGCGCAGGCCCAAGAAGGAGACGGAUGGGAAGAUGUCAAGGAAGGCGAGGAACAAGAGGGACAGGAACAGGAGGAUGAAGAACAGGAGGAAGAGGAUGCUAGUGAUUUUGAAAUGGCAUGGAUGGUGUUGGACGUGGCUAGAAAAUCCUUUGAAGACAAACUUGACACUUUGAAGAAACCCGAUAUCGAACCGCCAUACUUGCUGGAUGAAACGACACCCACCGAUGACGAAUACGUCAGCACGUUGAUAAAACUUUCCGAAACAUACGAUAUCCUCGGUGAAGUUUCACUAGAGGCGGAAAAUUUCCCGCAAUCAGCACAGGAUCUACAACAAUCGUUGAAGUUGAGAUUGCAACUAUACCCAAAGACAUCUUCAUUUCUCUCAGAAUCACAUUACAAAUUGGCCUUGGCUUUGGAGUUUUGUGUCGAAGAGCCCCAACUGCGUCAAAAAGCUGCCGAACAAAUCCAAUUGGCAAUAGACUCAACCGAAGCCAGAAAAUCCAAAGUGACAGACGAGCAGGAACGCAAAGAGAUUGACGAAUUAGUUUCUGAGCUCAAGGAGAAAUAUGAAGAGCUUCGAAAGGAUCCCGAGGUGGAAAUCACACAAGAGCAAGUGGACAUAAUUAAAAGCCAAUUGGGAAUCGGUGGCGGUGGCCAAGCCGAGAAGGCUAAAGUAUCGGCUGCAGCCCCGGUAGUAAAUGAUUUAUCCAAUAUGGUGAGGAAGAGAAAAACGCCAAAGGAACAACUGGACGCUGGCUCUAAAAAGAGCAAAAAAGAAUGA